CAGUUUGCCCCAUUUUUCUUGCAAAAGGUAUUUGAGCUUCCUGCUUGUCCGUUUGUUUCUUCUGCUGGAGCAAGAAGCGUGGAGAGCGGCAGUCAAGACUCCAUCAACACCUCCUCUGUUUGUGUAAAACUAUUGAAAUGGUCGCCGAAGAUGGGAAGAGCUUCGUAAAGAGGGACACACUCAAAAAAAUAGAAGCAAAGAUUCAAAGUUUGUGGAAAGAACAUGACGUUUACAGGGCCGAAUCUCGGGAAAAGCCUCCUAAGCCAGAGAAGUUCUUUGGAAACUUCCCGUUCCCUUACAUGAAUGGCUUUUUGCAUCUUGGACAUGCAUUCUCACUCUCAAAGCUAGAGUUUUCUGCACGUUAUCAUAGACUAAGAGGUGCCAAUGUGCUCUUCCCCUUCGGUUUUCAUGGAACCGGAAUGCCCAUCAAAGCCUCAGCUGAUAAAAUUGCACAAGAGAUUCAACAGUUUGGACACCCGCCUAUCUUUCCCAUCAACGAAGAGGAUCCAGUGAACCAAGAAGAAGUUGAAGAUGCAAAUGCAGGUGCACCUCUAGAAACUAAGUUCAAGGGAAAGAAGUCCAAGGCUGCAUCAAAAUCAAGCGGACAAGCGUACCAGUGGGAAAUCAUGCGUAGUCUUGGCCUUUCCAACAGUGAGAUAUUCAAAUUCUGCGAACCAUCUGAGUGGUUGAGCUUCUUCCCUCCAUUGGCAAUGGAAGACCUCAAGGCUUUUGGCUUGGCAUGUGAUUGGAGCCGUUCCUUUAUUACUACAGACAGGAACCUGUAUUUUGAUAAGUUUGUGAGGUGGCAGAUGCGGAAGUUGAAAGACGAGGAUAAGAUUGUCAAAGCGAAACGCUACACCAUCUACUCUCCAAUGGAUGGGCAGCCAUGUGCAGAUCAUGAUAGGGCAAUUGGCGAAGGAGUUCAGCCCCAAGAAUAUACUAUCAUCAAAAUGGAGGUGGCGAUACCUUUUCCUUCUAAGUUGGGAGUGUUGGAGGGGAGAAAAGUGUUCCUUGCUGCGGCAACAUUGAGACCUGAGACCAUGUAUGGGCAAACAAAUGCAUGGGUAUUGCCCAACGGGAGGUAUGGAGCCUUUGAAGUCAAUGAAACAGAUGUAUUUAUUCUUACGCAGAGGGCAGCGCGUAAUCUUGCUUAUCAGGGGUUCUCUAGGAUACCUGAGAAACCUUCUUGCUUGAUUGAACUAACUGGUUACGAUUUGAUUGGCCUUCCAUUGAAGUCACCGCUUGCACGCCAUCAGAUUAUUUAUGCCCUUCCUAUGUUAACCAUCGUAGCAGACAAAGGGACUGGGAUUGUGACUAGUGUACCUGGGGAUGCUCCUGAUGAUUAUAUGGCCCUCCAUGAUUUAAAAUCAAAACCAGCUUUUAGAAACAAAUAUGGUGUGAAGGAUGAAUGGGUUAUGCCCUUUGAGAUUGUGCCGAUCAUCAAUGUUCCGGAAUUUGGAGAUAAGGCUGCGGAGAAGGUUUGUGGGGAUCUCAAGAUUAAAAGCCUGAAUGAGAAAGAGAAGCUAGCAGAAGCCAAGAGGUUGACAUACUUGAAAGGGUUUACAGAAGGAACACUGCUGGUGGGGGAAUUUGCAGGAAGGAGAGUCCAGGAGGCAAAAUCAUGGAUAAGGAGCAAACUAAUGGAGGAAGGAAAUGCAAUCAUGUACAGUGAACCGGAGAAGCACGUAGUGUCACGGUCAGGGGAUGAAUGUGUUGUGGCUCAAACAGAGCAAUGGUACAUCUCUUAUGGUGAACCUGAAUGGAAAAAAUUGGCUGAGGAAUGCUUGUCGAGCAUGAACUUGUACUCUGAAGUGACACGACAUGGAUUUGAACACACGUUAAGUUGGUUGAAUCAGUGGGCUUGUUCACGAUCGUUUGGGCUUGGAACACGUAUUCCCUGGGAUGAAAAAUACUUGGUCGAGUCGUUGUCUGAUUCAACCCUUUACAUGGCUUAUUACACCGUUGCUCACUUUUUACACGAUGGAGACAUGUAUGGGGAUUCCAACACAUCUGGGGUUAUACCUGAACAAAUGACCGAUGAGGUAUGGGAUUUUAUCUUUUGUGAUGGGCCCUUUCCAAAAUCAUCUGACAUAUCAUCAUCAAUUCUGAAUAAGAUGAAGAAGGAGUUCGAAUAUUGGUAUCCAUUUGAUCUUCGAGUGUCUGGUAAGGAUCUCAUCCAGAAUCAUUUAACAUUUUGUAUUUACAACCACACGGCAAUUAUGCCCAGGAAGCAUUGGCCUCGUGGGUUUAGAUGUAACGGGCACCUGAUGCUCAAUUCUAAGAAGAUGUCCAAGUCCACAGGGAAUUUUUUGACAUUGCGGCAGGCAAUAGAUGAAUAUUCUGCUGAUGCCACACGAAUCGCUUUGGCCGAUGCUGGUGAUGGUGUUGAUGAUGCAAAUUUUGUAUUUGACACUGCAAAUACUGCCAUCGGACGACUCACUAAAGAGAUUGCAUGGAUGGAGGAGAAUUUGAGUGCAAACUCUUUGAGAAGAGGUUCUCCUUCUACUUUUGCGGACCAUGUAUUUUUGAAUGAAAUAAAUAUCGCUGUGAGAAGGACUGAGCAGAACUACGAGUCUUGCAUGUUCCGAGAAGCCCUUAUCACUGGAUUUUAUGGUCUUCAAGCUGCCAGGGAUUGGUAUCAGCAUUCAUGCGGUGGUGCUCAGGACAUGAAUCGAGAUUUGGUGUGGCGUUAUAUGGAUGUAGAGACGCGCAUGGUUGCUCCAAUCUGUCCACACUACGCUGAAUAUGUGUGGAGGGAGGUUUUGAAGAAGGAUGGAUUUGUAGUAAACGCAGGCUGGCCUGCAGCUGAUGCUCCAGAUCUAAUCCUCCAAAGUGCCAAUAACUAUUUGAAAAAGUCGAUUGAUGUAAUGAGGAAGAAGCUUAGAAAGCACCAGCCAAAUUCUAAGAAACCCGGUAAUAAUGGUUCUCCAAUUUCAUCUUCGGUAGAAGGGAAGAAGGUAAUAUGCCUGAUAUAUGUGAAGGAGCAAUUUGAUGAGUGGAAGGCAGAUUGCUUGAGGAUACUCCAGAAUAACUUCAACAUAGAGACUCGUACUUUUGCUCCGGACAGGGUGAUAUUGGAGGCACUGCAGAGUAGUUCUCUUGGACAGGCUAAAGAUUUUAGACAAGUCCAAAAUCUUUGCAUGCCUUUCGUGAAGUCGAAGAAGAAUGAGGCAGUUCAACUUGGGGCUCAGGCCUUAGAUUUGAAGUUACCAUUUGGAGAGAUUGAGGUAUUUAAACAGAACUUAGACUUGAUUAAGAGACAACUGGAUCUUGAAGAGGUAGAAGUUUUGUCUGCUGCCAACCCUAAUAAUCGUGCAAAAGUUGGUCCUCAUGUUAAACAGAUAGAGCAAAAUCCUCCAUUCCCUGGAAGCCCAACUACCAUCUUCUUGACCCGCUAAGGAUCAACUACCCCACGACCACUGACUGCUCCACAUUUUGGCAUGUUCGAUAUGAGUGUCAUUUUGAUGAUGGAGUGACGACUCAAAUGGCAUUCUAAGUACAGACAGACAGACAGACAUGGAGACGUGCACAAGAAGAAUACAUAUCAUGCAUGCUCCUGGGGCAGAGAAAUGAAAGACACUGAGAAAUAGAAUUGUUUAUUUGAAGGAUUAGAA